GUAAAAUUUCAACCCCUAAGCAAAAUAUAACGGAUAAGGCUUUCACAUAUUCAGUUCAUCUUCAACAGAUAUCAAAUCAUUUCCGAAUCGCUGCAUCAAUCUCUCCAAUGAUGUCCUCCAAUUUUCUUCCUCAGACGCUGUUCACGGUCCCCAGAUGUUCGACGCAAUGCCAACCGAGGAAAGUGGCGCUUUCAGCACUCUCUUUGCGGCGCCCCGGAUUGGUUGUAGCGCGGCCUUUUGGAUUUAAUUUCGCGGAGAAGGAUAAAAAAAUGUCUUUUUUGGUGAGGGCGGAAACCAAUCCUGAAGCAGAAGCGGUAGCUGAAGAGAGCCAGGAAAAUGUGGAUAUUGUGGAGUCUGAAGAGGCUGAGGUUGAGAAGCCGCCUUUCAAACCUAGGAUAAAGCUCGGCGACAUAAUGGGGAUACUAAACAAAAAGGCAGUUGAGGCGUCAGACAGUGAAAGGCCUAUCCCCGAUCUUCGUACUGGAGAUAUCGUGGAAAUCAAGCUGGAAGUUCCAGAAAACAGACGAAGAUUGUCUAUAUACAAAGGUAUAGUUAUAUCAAAGCAAAAUGCUGGCAUCCACACAACGAUUCGCAUUCGACGUAUUAUUGCUGGUGUUGGAGUUGAGAUUGUGUUCCCAGUAUAUUCACUGAAUAUCAAAGAGAUAAAAGUACUCAAGCACAGGAAGGUGAGGAGGGCGCGGCUCUACUAUUUGCGGGACAAACUUCCAAGGCUCUCCACCUUCAAGUAGAAAAGAGCAUCUGUUGAUCAGCACCAACCUGUAUUCCGUAUAUCUCUACAGCCACAAAGCAAAGCAUGUAGCUUCUCUGGUAAGUCUGUAGUUUUUUGCGUACGAGCUAGCUUCAGUUAAACUGGUUUUGAGUUUUGGUUGGAUGUGCAUUCCUUUGUAAAAAUGAAUGUUGUUAACUUACUUUAAUUAAUGUGCAGGACCAACUAAUAGCAUAGAUAGGCUCCUUUCUGUUCCUCAUCAUAGUUAAUAUCUGCCCACUUGAGUUGGUCCUCAACCACAUUAGCUCACACAAAUUGAUCACCAUUUCAAUGAUUUUUUAGCUUCAUUACUGAAUAAUAAUAUGGCCUGACCGAGGCACAUAAACAAUACUACAAGGUUACAAUAAAUUUUUCAAUGAUUUUUUAGCUUCAUUACUGAAUAAUAAUAUGGCCUGACCGAGUCACAUAAACAAUACUACAAGGUUACAAAUUAACAAUAAAUUCUGUAUAUAUAGAAACUAAUGAAUAUAUUUAUAUAUAAUCCGGGGGGGCUGGGAUAAAGGCAAAGAGCGAUGACUCGGAUACAAGUAUAACUAUCCAAUAUGAAUAAUAAUUUUAAUCCCACAACGUUGGAUAGAUAAGACCAAACAGACUUUACAGCCGCCACAAUGGAACUCCACCUAUCUAUAUUACAUUAAAUAUGGUGAAAUUUUUGUUACCCACUAUCAAUUAGCUUGCACAUAAAUAUUAUCCAGAGAUGAGUAUCAUGUAGAGUUUAUUUCUUUUUAACAUUAGCUUAUUUUCACCAAUAAUAAUUCUAUCAUUUUAUAUUUCUCUCUCACUUUACUAAUUCUACACUAAAACUCAUAUCAUUCAUGUUUUACAUUUCGUAUAUUAAAAUUAAUAGUGAAUACGAUUAGAUUAGGGAUAUCUGGUUGACACUCCGUUAUGAUCGGAACUGAAUUGAUGAUUCUGAACUGGAACCGCGCCUUUCGUAUGUUUGAUCCGAAAUUGAAAUACUAUGGCUCAGUUUCAAUUUUAGAAAUUUUGAACCAUCAUUUUGGCGCAAAACUCAGAAAGACACUGAAAUAAAAAUACAUUGGGUAAAAAAGAUUUUAUUGAAAAAACCGUUCAAAAACCGGCUGAUUUGAACCGAACCGGUGACAUACCUAGAUUAUAAUACUCCAUGAAAGUAUGUGGGAUAAGAUUAUUAAGACACUUACGGUUGAAAUAGGUAACUUCCAUGAAGCAAAGCCAAAUCCGAUUGAGACAUACACAUCAAAUAGUUGAAACAAUUUAAUGGAAGACAUAGGAGUAUUAUUUAAAGACGCACCGCACCAACUACUACAAAAUAGGAUGAUAUUUAUAACUUAACUAACACCUAUUCACACAUAGAUAGAGAGAGAGAGAGAUGAACUCAAAGCUCCGGCAUCUGUGGAACCACCCGGCGGGGCCGAAGACGAUCCAUUUCUGGGCGCCGACGUUCAAGUGGGGGCUGAGCAUCGCCAACGCCUCCGACUUCUCGAAGCCCCCGGAGACGCUCUCGUACCCGCAGCAGACGGUGAUCGCCAUCUCGGGCGUCAUCUGGUCGCGCUAUUGCUUCGUCAUCAAGCCAUGGAAUCUCAACCUCUUCGGCGUCAACUCCGCCAUGGCUUGCACCGGUCUCUAUCAGCUCUCCCACAAGCUCCGCCACGACUACUCCGCCGUGGACCAAUGAUCGCCGCUGAUUUCUUUAAUUAAGAGGUGCGGUGAAUUAUUGAUGUAUCCAAUCAGAAGAGGUUGCCCAUGCCAUGGGAUUUUCUAUUUUGUUUCAUGCUACUAAUAUUAGACGUGACAGUUUUUAACUUUUUAUUAAAAAAUAUUGCUAUGCCAAUUCCGAAUUUCCGAUUUGUUUGA